AUGAAUACCUCAAUACGAUUCAGGGGUACCUCUUGCCUCAACAUCAGACCAUGUGCAUCACGUGUAUCUCAUUGCAGGACCUUGAACAUAUCGAGACGAUACGCACCUUCAAGAGACGUUCAUACUCAGCGAGUGAAUGACACGAGUGCUGGAGUAACAGCGGACAACCCAGCGCUGGCGCGACUGCCUACUAUACAUCUCAUCAGGAACAUCGUUCUGGGCUCUGUUUUUAUGAACAACACUGUGUUUCGACUUGGUAUGAAAGCACUAGCGGAAGUGGGCAAUCCAAAGCGGCGAUUACUGUAUCCCGAGAGCAAUUGGCUGGUGAGAAUCAUGCUGAGGAGAACAUUAUAUGACCAUUUCUGUGCUGGAACCACGACAAAAGAGGUUGCUGAAACUGUAGCAAGCAUGAGAUCUGCGGGGUACUCAGGGGUGAUUCUGAUCCCUACGAGAGAGAUAGUGGCUGAGACGUCGGGCUUGAACACCGUUUCGGAGAUAGAUUUAGAUACAGAGCAGCAAUUGGGCAUUCGAUCCUGGAAGGAAGACCAUCUCAAGACACUCAGCAUGAUUGGUAGCGGCGAUUACAUGGGCAUGAAAUUCACAGGCGCGGGGCGCACCAUAUUUGCUCGUCUCGCAACCGGCGAAGACCCUCCCAAUACCCUCCUCGACGCAAUCGACGAAAUAGCCACCCAGGCAAGAGCCCAAGGCACUCGUAUAUGGCUCGACGCCGAGCAACAAGCCAUCCAGCCAACUAUAGACCGAUGGGUCCUCGACCUCAUGCGCACCUACAACCGCACCAUACCUCUCAUCUCCAACACCUAUCAGGCAUACCUGAAGCAUUGUUCCUCCAUUCUCACGACUCACGUGCGUCUCGCUCAGACUGAGGGCUGGGUCCUCGGCGUCAAACUCGUCCGAGGCGCGUACCUCUCCAGCGAGGACCGCAGCCGCAUCCAUGAUACUAAGGCAGAGACUGAUCAGUGCUAUGAUAUGCUGGCAGCACAACUGAUCGAGCGCUCGCUCUCGAGCUUUUCGAAGACUGCCAGAAGUCCAGACGUUCAUGUCUUUCUUGCCGGUCAUAAUACUGCGUCGAUCGAGAAGAGCGUAGAAUUGUAUACGCGUGCUGUUGCGUCGGGUGCGAGGUACUCGCCCGUGAGAUGGGGCCAGCUGCAGGGCAUGGCGGAUGAGGUGAGCUGUGAAUUGCUGAGGCGUUGUGAAGAGGCGGAGAGAGAGGAUGCUCAAAUGGAGACUAGGAGUCAAAAGAGGGCUAAAGUGGAGGUUUAUAAGUGUUUGCAGUGGGGCGCGGUGGGCGAGUCGGUCCAGUUUUUGCUCCGUCGUGCUGUGGAGAAUCAUGGAGCGGCACAGAGGAUGGCCAGUUCGGUUGCCAUCAUGAGGCGGGAGCUGGUGCGACGUGUUUUUCGAUUGUAG